UCUGACGAGACAGACGUGAGAAACAAUAUGCUAUUGAAAUACUAAUCACUCACUCUCAAUGUCAAGUGGCUGCUGCUUCUAACAUUUCUGUGUCAUGGAUUUCAAUUCACCCAUCAUUGCUUGGGGUUCAGGUGAAGAUGGUCAAUUAGGAAUUGGGGACAACGAAGAGAAAGAAUGGGUCUGUGUUGUCAAAGCUCUUCAGUCUCGACGAGUUCGUUCAGUGGUAGCUGGUAGCAGAAACUCCCUCGCCAUUUGUGAUGAUGGCAAGUUGUUCACAUGGGGUUGGAAUCAAAGGGGAACACUUGGACACCCACCUGAGACCAAGACUGAAAACAUCCCCAGCCAGGUCAAGAACCUUUCCCAUGUUAAAAUUGUUCAGGCGGCAAUUGGUGGGUGGCACUGUUUGGCUGUUGAUGACCAGGGCAGAGCUUAUGCCUGGGGUGGAAAUGAAUAUGGACAAUGUGGUGAAGAACCUGAGCGUAAGGAUGACACUGGUAGACCUUUGAGGAGAGAUAUAGUGAUUCCUCAGCGUUGUGCUCCUAAGCUUGUCGUUCGCCAGGUUGCUGCAGGAGGAACUCACUCAGUGGUACUUACCCGUGAAGGCCAAGUUUGGACAUGGGGUCAGCCAUGGCCUCCUGGUGACAUAAAACAGAUUUCAGUUCCUGUUCGGGUACAAGGUCUUGAAAAUGUAAGGCUCAUUGCAGUUGGGGCAUUUCAUAAUUUAGCUCUUCAAGAGGAUGGAACUUUAUGGGCAUGGGGUAAUAAUGAAUAUGGACAACUUGGAACUGGAGAUACCCAGCCAAGAUCACAACCUAUUUCUGUUCAAGGGCUUUCUGGGCUUACUCUGGUAGAUAUUGCAGCUGGUGGAUGGCAUUCUACUGCAUUGACAGAUGAUGGAGAGGUAUAUGGCUGGGGAAGGGGGGAACAUGGCAGGCUUGGAUUUGGUGAUAGUGACAAGAGCAGUAAAAUGGUACCCCAGAGGGUUCAACUCUUAGCUGGGGAAGAUAUUGUUCAGGUGUCCUGUGGAGGUACUCAUUCAGUUGCAUUAACCCGGGAUGGGCGCAUGUUUUCUUUUGGUAGAGGUGACCACGGACGUCUUGGAUAUGGAAGGAAAGUUACUACUGGUCAACCAAUGGAGGUACCUAUAAACCUUCCUCCUCCGCAGACUAUCAGUGACAGUGCAGCUGAGGGACAUUGGAUAGCCAAACUCGUUGCUUGUGGUGGCCGCCAUACCUUGGCUAUAGUAGAAUGGAAAGAAGAUGAAUCUAAAGAUUGACUCGUAAAUCAUAAAUAAAAUGGAAUCUGGAUAGUAGAUGAGGCAAAUGACUGAGCUGGAACUCAGUUCAGGUGCUUGAAUUCCUGUGUUGUGUCCAGUUUGAUAUAUUUUCUUUGUACAAUAAUAUAUAUGGCACAAACACAUUAUUUAUCAAUAUAGAAAUGGCACUUGGCGUUGCAUUGUCUUUGCUUAAUUAUUUACCGCACAAACACAUUAUAUAGUAAGCUU